AUUUUCUCAAAACCAACGUCUAGAGAAAAGUUUGGCAAACUUGGUCGUUCGGGUGUCUGCGCUCAGCUCAAACACACACAGAUUCUAAACAAAACAAAGCUCCGAAAAUUGACGAGGGGAAAAGAGAUCCGUCAUCCGAACUGAGCCAGAUAUGACAAAUGUAUCAACCAAAUGGUACUCCUAGUUCAGGCUUAGUCCACAAAAAUUUGUUAGUCCAUGGUCAAUAUCUAGAUUGCCGCCCCAAUACAAUGGACAAUGCCAAUGGAGCCAACAGUCCCAGCAACUCUAAUCUUACUUCAAAGCAGCGAUUGCGUUGGACACAUGAGCUUCAUGAACGCUUUGUUGAUGCAGUGGCACAACUCGGUGGCCCAGAUCGUGCAACACCCAAAGGUGUCUUGAGAGUGAUGGGUGUACAAGGUUUAACCAUAUACCAUGUAAAGAGCCAUUUACAGAAAUAUCGACUUGCAAAGUACCUACCUGACUCCUCGUCUGAUGGGGGGAAAGCUGACAAAAAAGAACCAGGGGACAUGCUUUCUGACGUGGAUGGUUCCUCUGGAAUGCAAAUAACGGAAGCAUUAAAGCUGCAAAUGGAGGUGCAGAAGCGACUGCAUGAACAAUUAGAGGUACAGAGACAGCUACAGUUAAGGAUAGAAGCACAAGGUAAGUACUUGAAGAAAAUUAUCGAAGAGCAACGACGACUUAGUGGGGUUCUUUCGGAAGCACCUGUCCCUGGGAACUCCACACUUGCUUCAGGUGAUACAUGCCCAGAAUCUGACAAGGUUGACCCAGCAACCCCUGCCCCAACCUCUGAGGGUCCCAUUUUAGACAAGGCUAACAAGGAACGCGCACCAGGCAAGAGCCUUUCUGUUGAUGAAUCUUGCUCAUCUCGUCAUGAAGAACCCUCGACUCCAGAUUCUGGUUCUCAUGUUAUUUCUCCAGCUGAGAGGUCGAUGAAGAAGCAAAAGUUUAGCACGGUUGAAGCAUUUUCUAAUCCAGAAGUGGUACUUGCACACCAAAUAUUGGAGUCAAGCGUAAACUCUUCCUAUCAGCAAGCACACACCAUUUUCUUGCCCAGGGAGCAGUCUAAUCCCACAUCUGGGAUUUCUGUCAGGAAUAAUGAUUUGGAGCAAGAUGCUGGUAGUGAUAUGUAGUUGGUAUAAAGUGGACUGGGAUUUUCACACGUCCUUAAUCAGGUGAAUGAAUGUUGCCGACUGGUGUUAUAUAAUUAGAGGUUCCUGCUAAACCAGGCCAAUGGAGAACUGUCAUGCUUAAAUUGAGUUGUGAACAUGAGUGGAAAUUUCAAAUUUGUA